CUCACGCAUGCUUGAUAGUGGCCUAUUUCAUCCUUUAAAAAAAAUUUAGGUCAUUUUCUCAGUCAUACCAGCCACCCCAAAGGACAUGAACCCACAGCCAGCACUAUGUUGAAACUGGAGAUGGCUAUGGCCUUGAUCAUCAAGGCCUUUGCCCCAUACGUGGGCACAGAUGGCACCGUGCAGAGCCUGAACAAGUGGGAGAUGAGGGUGCUCCUGGAGAAGAAGCUGCCGGGCUUCCUGCAGAGUAGAAGGGACAAGGAGGCCAUGGACAAACUGCUCAAGGACCUAGAUGCCAAUGGAGAUACCACAGUAGACUUCAGCAAGUUCAUAGUGUUUGUGGCUGGCAUCACGUCUGCUUGUCACUCGUACUUCCAGUAGAAGGGACUCAACUGAGGCCCUGUAGACCCAGAUUCCUGAAGAGGGCCCAGUGAGCAGGGCCCUGGCUUCCAGAAAGCUCUAGGCAGCAAUUAUUUCCCUGGGCUGAGUGAGCUGAUAGCUGUCUGAUUAAUAAAAUACAUUCAUUAAUUCAUGAAGUGAAAAAAAGUUUAUUUUAGAGAGAGAGGAAGGGAGACAGAGAGAAACAGUGGUUUGUCCCACUUAUUUACUCACGCAUUGGUGGUUUCUUAUAUGUCUUCUGACUGGGAUUGAACUUGCAACGUUUGAGGAUCAGGAUGACGCUAACCAAAUGAGCUACCUGGCCAGGGCCUAUUUUAUCUCUUACGUAAGAAUCAUCAGUAAAGCAAACUAAUCAACAUUUUAAAGAGGUGUUUCCUGUAAAUCAGUUCAGGGAGUUAGUAUUCAGUCUGUUCAUGUCAGGCAGUCAUGAGGGAUUUCCUCAGAGGGAAGAGAGUAGCAGGGCUCAGAGUAUUACAGUGAGCAAUAGUCAUAUUACAUGAAGACAAUAAAGAAUUUUGUAGGGGGGUUAGUCUUUUAGCAGAUAGUUCCCAUGAGGCAUAUAAGAGUUAUUGGAGAGCCCAUUAUUAUAUUCCUUUCUACCUAUUAAAGUAAAUUAGCGGACUUCCAUUAAGAUGGAGGCGUAGGUGGAAGCACUGCGCCUUCUCGCACAACUAAGUUUAAAAACAAUAAAGUUUUAGCGACAAAAACACAGCCAAACCACAGAAAAUUAAACUACACGGAAGUCUGACAACAAGGAACCCUUCAGCCAAACUGGUAAGAGGGGCAGAGCCAGCAGCAGAGCCGGGUCGGGCAGGAAAGAUCCACCAGACCAACCCGGGCGUGCGACCCAGGCG